GGAGAGCGGAGCUUGAAAUUGACUGGGAACUUCAGUGGCGCCAAGACUAGCCAGCUUCACCCCAGGAACUUUUCUUUGCAGGAGGAGAAGAGAAGGGGUGCAAACGCCCCCCGCUUUAGCUCUUUCUUCUCCUAUUCCUCUCCAAUCCGCCUUCCCCCAAGUGAAGCGGGCAGCUGCGGGCUGGCCACCCCGCGCCUUCCUAAGUAUUCGCCACCGCAGCCGGGUGACGCGCCAGGCUCCGCGGGAGCCUAUCGCUCCGCGUCCGGGCAGCCCAGGGGAGAGGAGCCCGCGCCUCGAGUCCCCGAGCCGCCGCGGCUUCUCGCCUUUCCCGGCCACCCGCCCCCUGCCCCGGGCCCGCGUAUGAAUCUCCUGGACCCCUUCAUGAAGAUGACCGAAGAGCAGGAGAAGGGCCUGUCCGGCGCCCCCAGCCCCACCAUGUCCGAGGACUCGGCGGGCUCGCCCUGCCCUUCGGGCUCCGGCUCGGACACCGAGAACACGCGGCCCCAGGAGAACACAUUCCCCAAGGGCGAGCCUGAUCUGAAGAAGGAAAGUGAGGAGGACAAGUUCCCGGUGUGCAUCCGUGAGGCCGUCAGCCAGGUACUCAAGGGCUACGACUGGACGCUGGUCCCCAUGCCGGUGCGCGUCAACGGCUCGAGCAAGAACAAGCCGCACGUCAAGCGGCCCAUGAACGCCUUCAUGGUGUGGGCGCAGGCGGCGCGCAGGAAGCUCGCGGACCAGUACCCGCACCUGCACAACGCCGAGCUCAGCAAGACGCUCGGCAAGCUCUGGAGACUGCUGAACGAGAGCGAGAAGCGGCCCUUCGUGGAGGAGGCGGAGCGGCUGCGUGUACAGCACAAGAAAGACCACCCGGAUUACAAGUACCAGCCUCGGCGCAGGAAGUCGGUGAAGAACGGCCAGGCGGAGGCCGAGGAGGCCACGGAGCAGACGCACAUUUCCCCCAACGCCAUCUUCAAGGCGCUGCAGGCUGACUCGCCACACUCCUCCUCGGGCAUGAGCGAGGUGCACUCCCCCGGCGAGCACUCGGGGCAAUCCCAGGGCCCACCAACGCCACCCACCACCCCCAAAACCGACGUGCAGCCGGGCAAGGCUGACCUGAAACGAGAGGGGCGCCCCCUGCCAGAGGGGGGCAGACAGCCCCCCAUCGACUUCCGCGAUGUGGACAUCGGUGAGCUGAGCAGCGACGUCAUCUCCAACAUCGAAACCUUCGACGUCAACGAAUUUGACCAGUACCUGCCACCCAAUGGCCACCCGGGAGUGCCGGCCACUCACGGCCAGGUCACAUACACCGGCAGCUAUGGCAUCAGCAGCACCGCGGCGACUCCAGCAAGCGCAGGUCACGUGUGGAUGUCCAAGCAGCAGGCGCCGCCGCCUCCACAGCAGCCCCCGCAGGCUCCGCCGGCCCCGCAGGCGCCCCCGCAGCAGCAGCAGGCGGCGCCGCAGCAGCAGCAGCCGGCGCCCCAGCAGCAGCCGGCGCACACGCUGACCACGCUGAGCAGCGAGCCAGGCCAGUCCCAGAGAACGCACAUCAAGACCGAGCAGCUGAGCCCCAGCCACUACAGCGAGCAGCAGCAGCACUCGCCGGCGCAGCAGAUCGCUUACAGCCCCUUCAACCUUCCGCACUACAGCCCCUCCUACCCGCCCAUCACCCGCUCGCAGUACGACUACACAGACCACCAGAACUCCGGCUCCUACUACAGCCACGCGGCCGGCCAGGGCUCGGGCCUCUACUCCACCUUCACCUACAUGAACCCGGCGCAGCGGCCCAUGUACACCCCCAUCGCCGACACAUCGGGGGUCCCUUCCAUCCCGCAAACCCACAGCCCCCAGCACUGGGAACAGCCCGUCUACACACAGCUCACCAGACCUUGAGGAGACCUUAGACAAAGCGUGAUGAUCUUAAAAAUAACCGAAGAAAGAAAGAACCGACCAGAAUUUCCAUUGGACAUUUUUUUUCCUUCUUCCAUAAAGACAUUUAAGCUAAAGGCAACUCGUACCCAGAUUCCAAGACAGAAACAUUAGCUAUCCAAACGCACGCCCACCUUGUUGCGAGGCAGUGGUCUGGCCACUCGUGGUUAGAUGGACCAGCGGGAUCUCGACAGGAGACUGGACUUUGCAAACCUUCUUCGAAGCAAGCACGGAGGAUAACGGAGAAUCGUGUGACCAAUUUGCCCAAUCUCUCUGCCUGUUUGGACUUUGUAAUUAUUUUUUAGCAGUAAUUAAAGAAAAAAGUCCUCUGUGAGGAAUAUUCUCUAUUUUAAAUAUUUUUAGUAUGUACUGUGUAUGAUUCAUUACCAUUUUGAGGGGAUUUAUACAUAUUUUUAGAUAAAAAUUAAAUGCUCUUAUUUUUCCAACAGCUAAACUACUUAGUUGAACAGUGUGCCCUAGCUUUUCUUGCAACCAGAGUAUUUUUGUACAGAUUUGCUUUCUCUUACAAAAAAAAAAGUGUGUUGUUGUAUUAACAUCACCACCACCACCACCACCCACACACACAGAUUUGUCUUAUGUGAUGAGUUUUGGGGGGUUAGCUUUGCUUAAUGCCUCAGGCUUUCUGAUUCACGGAGAAGCUGCCUUAGAAAAAUAAAAGCCUUAUUUUGCAAGUAUGGACAUACACACGUUAGUCUAGAGAAGCAUUUGGUAAGCUUUAUCACAUAUAUAUUUUUUAAACAAGAGAAAAACACCUUGAGCCUUAAAACCAUGCUGCUGAAAAAUACUCGAGUGCUCUUUUAGUGCAUUUAUUUCCUCCUGCGUCUGCUUAUUCAUUGAAAUCUUAAGCAAGAAGCAAAAGGUGAGGAGACGAAGUCUGAUUGGGGGAUGUCUCAGCAGCCAGUUCAGUGCCCCAGCACACUGCCCCCUGGUUGCCCGCCCGGCCCCAUGUGGAAACAGAUGUCGAGUCCUCUCACACUGUCACCUGUGCCUCUCUGAAUGCCAGCAGUCACCUUCAAGACAUUCCACGUGCUGAAAUUAUUUAUUUUGUAAGGAGAGGUUUUAAAUAAAAAAAAAACUUCCUUUUUUAUCUUUAAAAGGUACCUUCUUUAAAAUAGGUUGUUGGAGUCUUCCUCAAAGGGUAUGGUCAUCUGUUGUUAAAUUAUGUUCUUAACUGUAACCAGUUUUUUUUAUUUAUCUCUUUAAUCCUCUUUUUUAUUAUUAAAAGCAAGUUUCUUUGGAUUCCUUGUCCUAGAUUUGUAUAAAUGCCUUUUUUGUCCGUCCUUUUUUUUUUCUUCGUUGUUUUUGUUGAAAACAAACUGGAAACUUGUUUCUCUUUUUGUACAAAUGAGAGGUUUCAAAUGUAGUGUAUCACUGAGUCAUUUGCAGUGUUUUCUGCCACAGAUCGGGCUGCCUAAGUCGUGCGUGUGUGUGUGUCGUGACACAAGACCGUGCAAGCGUGGGGCAUCGAUGAUCCCCCUGCAUGUUCUCUUGGAGAGAGGGAGGAAGGGGGGAGGGGUCGGCCCACUGACAGACGAAUUCUUAACUCUGUGGCUGGAGAGUUUGAGGAUUGCUUUUUAAAAAAGACAGCAAACUUUUUUUUUAUUUAAAAAAGAUAUAUUAACAGUUUUAGAAGUCAGUAGAAUAAAAUCUUAAAGCACUCUUAUAAUAUGGCAUCUUUCAAUUUCUGUAUAAAAGCAGAUCUUUUUAAAAAAUAUUUCUGUAACUUAAAAAAAAACCUGGCAUUUAAAUCAUAUUUUGUCUUUAGGUAAGGUUUGGUUUGUGUUUUGUGUUUUGCUUGUUUCCUUGUCCCCCCAACCCCAAA